AAGUCCACUUAAGAUAAGCAGUAGAUACCAAUAUAGUCAAUAAUAAUUAGAAAAUAUUUGAAAAAAAAAGUGACGGAAAACUCCGGAAUUCUUGAGGGCCGCGUUUGAGACGUUUCUUGUUAAAGUAAGAACAAAACUAUGAAUGAACUACAGUGUUUAGUUAGCACAAGGCACAUGAACAUGCUCAACAACAGAUAUAUGCUAAAAUCCUACAAAAAACCAUAUGUGCAUUCAGUGUGGAGAAAACUGUUUCAAGAUAUGAGAAGAUAUAUGACAUGUCCAUCACUAGCUAACAGAAAUGAUAUAUUCUGGACUGUAAAUGUGAUAUUAAUGAUUAUAGUUUUAUUAAUUUGCCCGUGUUCGGCUACACACACUUGGGAAACAACAGGAUGCCACAGAGUAGGUCACACUCGCCAGGUGCUUAUCCCAGACUGUGUAGUGUUUAAUGUGACAUUGAAUGCAUGUCGUGGCUAUUGUGAAUCGUUCGCCAUCCCUUCCCCGAGUAGAACGCUGAGAGCAAAUUCACAACACCUCAUCACAUCUAGAGCUGAAUGUUGCAGUAUAAAGGAAACACAUGAUGUGAAAGUAUUAGUCAAGUGCGUCGAGGGACUACGGGAGGUUGUUUUUAAAUCAGCACGAACUUGCGCUUGUUCCAUAUGUAGAAACUAGGCAGCCGAUUCCAACUGGUUGGAAAAAAUGAUUGAAUGGACAAAACGAUGAUAUUCUCCUACCGUGAUGAUUGUGGCAUCAAGGACAACUUUACGACUAUAUGAAUGCGUCAUCUACGAGAAAAGGCGAGGUUAAGA